AUGGCAACUCCUGCAACUUCAAUCGAUCCUACACAAAAUCCAUCUAGCCCUUAUUUUCUUCAUCCUAAUGAAAAUCCAACUCUUGUUCUAGUAUCUCCAGUGCUUACAAGCACCAAUUACCAUUCUUGGGCACGAGCAAUGAAGAUGGCUCUGCUUUCCAAGAAUAAAUUGAAGUUCGUUGAUGGUUCUCUACAAGCACCUUCAAGCAUUGAUCCUUUAUAUCUUGCUUGGGAAUGCUGCAACACCAUGGUAUUGUCCUGGUUGACUCAUUCUCUUUCCCCUUCUAUUACUCAUAGUAUUUUGUGGAUAGAUAAGGCUUUUGAUGUGUGGAAUGAUCUCCGAGAGAGAUUCUAUCAGGGAGACAUCUUUAGAAUCUCUGAUCUCCAGGAAGAAAUUUAUGCGUUUAAGUAA